AUGUUAGGCUUGAUAGAGACAAAAAAAGAAGUUGUGACAACCUUUGAUGUAGUGCAACUGUGGGGUGCUGAUGCUGUUAAAUGGGAGUAUGUUGGGUCGGUUGGUGCUUCUGGAGGGCUGUUAUUGAUGUGGGAUGAGACGGUAUUUCAGAUGAAUAAUUGCUAUAAGGGGAGUCGUUGGUUGUGUGUGGAGGGUGUGUUGUUUAGAAAUAAUUUUUCUUGUGCUUUCUGUCUGGUUUAUGGCCCGCAUGAGAGGGGGGCAAAGCUUGCUACAUGGGAAGAAUUGAGUUUCCUGUUUGGAAUGUGUCAGGUUCCGUUUUGCUAUCUAGGAGAUUUCAAUGAGAUAACUCAAGUAGAGGAUAGGAAGGGAGCUGAUUCUUUGACGGUGACUGCCGCGGAGUUUAAAUCCUGGAUACAAGAUAUGGAGUUAGUGGACUUGGCAGUCACUGACCGGUUGUUCACCUGGUUCAGAGGGCAGUCCUGCAGUCGUAUUGAUCGGGUUCUGGUGAGUGUGGAGUGGUUAGAAAUGUUUCCGGAAACUAGGCUGCGGGGGAGACCAAGAGGGUUAUCUGACCACUGUCCGUUGAUCAUGGAGGUUUCUCAGUUGAAAGAAGGGCCAAGACCGUUUCGAAGUUUAGAUUCUUGGUUCACGCAUAAUGGAUUUCUAAAGAUGGUAAAAGAGGAGUGGAAAGCUCUAGGUGACAGACAGUUCAUGGACAAAUUGAAGGCUUUGACGAGUCCAUUGAGCAGUUGGCAUAAAAAGAACUUUGGGGGCAUGGAGAAAAGGAUUGCACAGCUUGAGGAUGAAAUAAAAAAAGUGGAUGAUAUGACAAGCUUUGGAGUGGAUGAUGGGACUGUUGAAGCUAGGAGAAAGACGCUUGUGAACUGCUGUAAAAAAUGGUACAUACGAUAG